CCAGUCCAUUAUAUCUUAGACCGUGACCUGCAGCAGUGAUCCGUUUGUGUUUGGUUUGUGCCGUUAUCAGCUGUUGAUGUUAAUCAGUGUUUUAUUAUUGUUCGAGUUCGACCACGAUAUCUCAUAUCUGUAUACCACGUGUGUAAUGUAAGUGACUGUACCACAACUGCAGUGAUUUAGUAAAAUAAAAAACAUCAUCCACGGUCCACAUCUCCCACAAUUAUUUUACUUACGAAGUUACGAAUUACUGAAUACAAAAUGCCUGUGAACUAUAAUAAAAAAAAGUUGGGUAAAAAGAUGAAGAAGACGCCUAGCGUUACAUGUCCACUCAUAAAAGAUCAUUGGAAUGACAAAGUAUCAGUUGCUAAGAACUUAAGUAACUUUGGACUAACAAAUAAUCCUAGCAAAUCCAUUUUAACUGGUUUCAUCAAUUCUCAACCACAAGUACAAGGCGAAGAAAUAAAAGAACAGAAUAGAAAGCGUAAAAGAGAGCCAAAGCAACCACAAGUUGUCAAAAUGUUGGAAGAGCAAGCAAAUAAACCUACAGGAAUUAAACAGAUCACAUUGCCUCCUGGCACGAUUAAGUUCAUCACUGGUCUUAUGGAGAAAUAUGGAGACAAUUAUAAGGAGAUGACAAAGGAUCCGAAAAAUGUUUACCAAAUGACAUGGAAACAAAUACGUGCAAAAAUUUUAACAUUCAAAAGCAUCAAGGCUUAUGAGCAUUUAAUGCCACAGCCAAUAGCUGAUUUAUAAUUUAGUUUUUAGUUAUUAUCUUAAUAAAAAAAAAAAUAAGCCAUUUGGAAUCUUUUAAAAUUAUUUGUUAAAAAAAAGUAUACACAAGUUGAUUUUUAACAUGACACCAAUUAUUCCAGUAAAUAAAAUUUGUUUUUAUAUAUAUUUUUAAA